UUCUUCCGCAAGAAAGUCAAUCAGCAAAAUACAUCGGGGAUGACGUUUCAUUUGGUAGAAACUUAUCUUCUAUUCGUCCCAAGAGAACAAAAAAAGUGUCAAAAAUACGUGAUCUGAUCAAUUUAUCACAUUUAAUGACAUCUGGUCAAAUCACCAAUCCAUUUGUUUAUCUGAAUAUUUACAAUUAGUUUAAGACAAGUCUCAUUAUGAUAACAAUAAAGCCGUCUCUCUUGUCCAAAUACUAAAUCCUGCCUAACAACUCCUCCAUAACCAAAUUCCUCCAAGCUCUCAAAUUCUCACAACCUCUCCACACACAAAGGACAAGUAAGAAAAAGAAAACAGAUUGGACCGAAUUGAAUUGAAAUGUUGAGUCCGUUUUCCUCACCGAGGAGAUCGAGAAGAGGAAGCAAAGAAAACAAGAACCCUUAUUCAAAUCAAGGACUUGACAAGUUCUCUGCACUUCUAUCUGAGCUUGAUGAGAAAAGACAGAGCAUUUACGCAAAGAGGCUUGAUCCUGAUGGACCACCUCUUGUUCGGUUUGUCUUUACUAGCUCCGGUGAGUGCGUCCCUGUCAUGAUCAAGACAAAGAAGGCAGGUCAGAAGAAGGAUGUUCAAGAUGAUUUCAAGGUCAAGAAGAAGGAUGUUCUAGAUGAUUUCAAGUUCAAGACCGAAUCAAAAACAGAGCAUGAAAUAGAAAUAAAGAAAGCAGAUUUGGAAACAGAGCAGCAACAGAGCUAUGUAGUGAACGAGAAUCUGAAGAAGAUUUCGAGACCAAACCAUUUAUUUCCCGUGACAGUAGUGUUGGUUCUAAUAUUCUUGAUGUUUUUCGGACGGACCGUCUCGGUCAUGUGCACUUGUAUCGUUUGGUACUUGGUUCCAAUGAUCAAGGAACAGAGCAGAAACAGAGGAUCUACUUACGAGACAAAGAAGAGGAAGAAACUAAAUAUCGAAAACAGAGCUGCUCCUGAUAAAAGUAAAACCCGGUGACGAAAAUCAAAAUUUUCUUUUUGUGAAUUUAUUUUAUUCGUUUCAUCUAACAUUUCCCUUGGUUUCUUUCGUUCUUUCUUCUCUGUUUUGUCCAUAGUUGUUAAUUUUGAGACAAAAAGAUACGUAACUUCUUCUUCUUUUUUUCUCCUUUCUCUAAUGCUAGUGAAAUGUAAACUAUUCAAACUGAUUAUUUUGUUGGUCAUGGUUCAGUGUUUCUUGAUUCAUUUGUGUACAACUUUCGUCUAAUCGAUGAUCUGUAAAUGGAAAUUUUUUUACUUUGGAGUUUUGA